GCGCGCUGGUCCGCCAUGGCUGCGGCUCUCUUGUCCCGCGGCUUGUUCCGCGCGCGACCCACUUUCCGCUGCCCUUCCACGGAGAUGCAAUGGGUGCCACGGCGUGGGCAUCGGCUCACGCCCGCCGAUGAUGAGCUGUAUCAGCGGACGCGUAUCUCUAUGCUGCAGCGCGAGUCCCCGCAUGCCAUGUACAUCGACAGCUACAACAGCUGCGGCUUCAUGAUCAACGGGAAUCGCGUUUUGGGGCCCUGCGCGCUGCUUCCGCACUCAGUAGUGCAGUGGAACGUAGGAUCCCACCAGGAUAUUACCGAAGAGAGCCUGUCCCUUUUCUGGAUGCUAGAGCCUGGAAUAGAAAUUGUGGUGGUGGGUACUGGAGACCGAACUGAGCGGCUGCAAUCCCAGGUGCUGCAAGCCAUGAGGCAGAGGGGCAUCGCUGUGGAGGUGCAGGACACGCCCAAUGCCUGUGCCACUUUCAACUUCCUGUGUCAUGAAGGCCGAGUGACAGGAGCUGCUCUCAUUCCCCCACCGGGAGGCACUAUGCUUACAUCUGUGGUCCAAGAAACAGAGAGCAACAACAGGACCUGAGUGUGCCUGACUUUUCAGGGAAAACCUGGGCACCUUUUGCAGAGCCCAGGGGUUCUCACUGCUUUCACUGUCCCCUUCCCUUUGACGCUAUAACACUUGUCAGCAAAUUAAUACUUGAUCCACUUCAUCCAUUUCGUACUAGGUGUAUGGCUGGCGAUGGGCUGCUGGCUUAAUGAGCUUCUGGAGGGGGCUGUUAAGAAAUCAAGAGAAGCAUCUCAUGUAGGCUACUUGGCUCCUCUGAGACCAAGAGUCCAUGUGCAUAUCUGCUGCAGAUCUACUUGCUCAUAGGAAGAUUGGAGGGGGGACCUCAAUAUUCUCUCCAAGUCCUUUAGAGAUACAUGCAGGAAUCUAUGUAUUAUAGCCCUUUGGACUGUUGUGUGAUUUCAGUGUUAGCCUGGACCUGGGGAGCCAGCGCUGAUCAGAAUUGGCUCCUGAAUUUUGGGACUUUUUAAACCUAAAACUCACCUCAGGUUCCUCUGUAAAAAAAAGGGUGUUGUGUGUAUCUAUGAUGGUGGCAGCUUCAGAGCCUAACCUGCCCCUUAUCCUAAAAAAAAUGUCAAGCA